AUGAGGGCAGUGAAGGGUGUAGGACAAAUAAGAAAAACAUCAUCAACGAAACGAGCAUCAGACCGCGAUGCUUACCGCUGUGAGAGCGCUCGGCGGGCAGCUGCGCUCAGCUGCAGGGCUUAUGGGCAGGUCCCUCUGCCCCCGCUGGUCUCUGAGAGGCUGGCUCUGUUCAUGCAGCUCCAGUCCCAGCGCUCGGCCCAGCUGGAGGAGAGGGCUCAGAGGGACAGCAAGCCCAUCAGAGUCUCCCUCCCCGACGGCAGAGAGCUUGAUGCACAGGCCUGGAAAACCAGCCCCCUGGAACUGGCGGCGAGGCUCGGCCGCAGUCUCGCUGAUGGGGCCGUGGUUGCUCGGGUGAAUGGGGUGCUCUGGGAUUUGGGGAGACCCCUGGAACAGGACGGCACCCUGGAGAUCCUGGGGUUCGACAGCGGUGAAGGAAAGGGGGUGUUCUGGCACUCCAGCGCUCAUGUUCUGGGUUCAGUGAUGGAGUGUUUGUAUCGGGGUUCUCUCUGCCAUGGCCCCAGCACUGACAGCGGCUUUUUCUACGACAUGCAACUGGACCCCAGCUCGCUGCCCAGCAAUGACCUCCCAGCGCUGCAAGAGCUGUGCACUCAGAUGAUCCGAGAGAGGCAGCCGUUCGAGAGGCUGGAGGUGACCAGGGGGGAGCUGCUGGAGCUGUUCAAGCACAACAAAUUCAAAUUGCAGAUUAUCGAGGAGAAGAUAGCGACGCAGACGGCUACGGUUUACAGGUGCGGCUCUCUGGUGGACCUGUGCAGGGGCCCCCACCUCCCUCACACAGGGAAGAUCAAGGCAUUCAAACUCCUCAAGACCUCCUCAGCGCAGUGGCGGGGGGACCCCUCUCUGCCCCCGCUCCACCGGGUGAUUGGGGUCUCCUUCCCGGAGAGCCGGCUCCUGAGAGACUGGGAGCAGGAGCGGGAGGAGGCGAGGGGGAGGGACCACCGGCGGAUCGGACGGGAUCAGGAGUUGUAUUUUUUUCAUGAGUUGAGUCCAGGGAGCUGCUUCUUCCUGCCUAAGGGAGCUCACCUCUACAACACGCUCACCGACUUCAUCAAGGUGAGAGUCUCACUGCAGCCAGUGACUGUCUAUCUACAGGGCUGGGAACUCCUAUUCCUCAGCAGUGUGAUCCAGUCCAG